CUGCCAGCCGGACUCCCCAGAAAUCGUGUGUGUUUGGCUUCGUUGUAAAGGAGCAUAUCUAAACAUACGUCACGCCAAUAUUUCCACAGCCGUUUUCAAGUUAAAGCCCGAAACGUCGUGUACAGUAUGAAUAAGUGCAAUGCAGUACAAAGACCAGUAGGGGGCGGGAAUUCACCUCAUAGAUGAGAUUCUCCCAAGCACCGGAUGCAUCGAUGGCUUUGACCUGCUUUUCUGUUCCCAACCCGGAAGCUGUUUCUGUAAUUUGUCGUCUCUGCCUACGUAAAUAAACAUUCGAGGAAAAUGAAUGAAGUACACAACGGUGAGAUUUUGAAUCCCAUUUCAGUUCACAAUUUUUCUGAGAGGAUCCUGGAGCAGACGGUCCACUUUCACAUCAUGAAGCUCAGCGGCGGCUUUUUCCUGUGGAUUGGUUCGAGCCCACUUUUGUCCAACUUGGCGGUUUCAAUGAGCAGCAAAUACGACUCCAUGCCAUUAUCGACAUUAGUGAUGGGGGACCCUUCCAACACUGCUCCAAAUUCUUUGGCACAGAGAUUAGCAAAGAAGACCAAAAAGCAAGUGUUCGUGAGUUACAGUCUUGCAGCGACAGACUCCAGCCUCUCUCUGCUUGUUGAAAACAGAAUAAAAAAGGAGCUUGAUCUUCAUCCGGAUAAAUUUUGAUCCAUAAGUAAGAUCUUCCACACAGUCUCAUUCAGUGAUUUUUUUUUUAUUGACAUAAUAAAUUAGGUGAUUUUUUUUAUUAUCAAAACAUGUAGGCCUAUGGCUUUUGUACAAAUGUAUCAUUAAAAAAAAUAACACUUACAAAACAGUAUUAGUGGCUGAGUAUUUUUUUUACAAACUAGCAAAUUGUACAGGUUGGUUAAAAUGUGAGUAAAUGCUGAAGAAAGAUGGUGGACCCUAAGACAAAAUGUUUUCUGUUACUAUGUAAUGUGCUUAUAUACUAUAUCUAACUAUAAGGUGGAUGUUUCACACAUUAUCAUUAAAAGGUACAUUGACACACCUGUAUGCAGUCCAAAGGGAUAUUUUGU